GUCUUCCCCACCUAACGAUGUCCGUAUGAUAUAGUACCACAGUAACACCACUCCUAUCCACCUCGACAUAUACACAGAUGUCAAGAAUCAGCCUCGGGCGUCACCACUGUGUCUAGCGACUCGUGUAACCCAAGUCUAACCAAGUCUUCCCGACCUCUACCACCUCCAGCAGCGAUCAAUCCCAACUUCCCCACCAAAUCACAGACCCUCCGUCGCAAGCAUGGAAUCCAAACUAACUCCCCUCUUCGAGGAUGUGGUUAAGCAGCAGAAAACCCCCGGCAUCGGUGCCAUGCUAGUCACUUCGAAAGGCGACUUCCUACUCAAACAGACGUAUGGAACGAUCAACCUCGACGACCCCAACGCGGCGCCCUUCGACGCUGACACCACGAUGCAAAUCUUCUCGUGCACGAAAAUCAUCACAUCGAUCGCCGCCCUGCAACUCAUGGAGCAAGGCAAACUAUCGCUCUCGGAUCCCGUGGAGCAAUACGUGCCCCGGAUCUCCAAGAUCCAAGUCCUCGAAUCACUACCCCCAGCAACAUCCGAACCAGUCCUUCGCGCGCCAAAGUCCAAACCCACGAUCCUCCAACUCCUCACGCACACGACGGGCUUUUCGUACGACUUCUUCGACCCCCUGACCGCUCAGUACCGGCAACACACGGGGCGCAGAGCGGGAGGAUACUCGGACCCAUCAGCCUGGGCGGACUUUGAAACGCCCUACAUCGCCGACCCGGGGACAAAGUACGUCUACGGCGUGAACACGGACUGGCUGGGCGCCGUCGUGCAACAGAUCUCCGGCCUCAAACUGCCCGAUUACAUUGACCAGCACAUCCUGAAGCCGCUGGGCAUGAACGACACGGGCGCCUUUCUGGACCCCAACAAGCCGAAACUCGUCAUGCACUUCACCAUCGAGGGCAAACUGGUCGCCGUCCCAAGCUCCAAGACCAACGAAGACCCCGAACUCUUCGGCGGCGGAGCAUACCUGUAUUCCACGAUGAACGACUACGCCAAAUUGCUGGCCACGCUCCUCAACAAGGGGACAAGCCCGCGGACUGGCAAAUCCAUUCUCAAGCCGGACACGGUCCAGAAUUUCCUCUUUACGGACCACCUGUCGCCGGACAUCGAUCGCAGCUUACUCGGUGAAAGCGGCGACGCGAUCCCUCUGGCCUCGUCGCAGGGUUGCUUCCUGCCCAGUUUGCCGCAUCGUUCGCGCGGCUGGUCGUGCGGGCUGCUGCUGAACCACGAGGAUCUGGCGUAUGGUCGGAAAAAAGGCAGUGGGGGCUGGGCGGGGCUGGGGAAUUUGUAUUACUGGAUCGAUCCGUCGAGUGAUAUUGCGGGCAUGGUGUGUACGGGUAUCCUGCCCUUCUUCAAUAAGGAUGUCCUAAGGUUGUUCGAUCAGGUGGAGCGUGUGGCGUAUGGGCAUGAGCCUGCGGGUCCGGGGACGGAUGAGAAGGAGAAGGGAAUGAUGAACCACAGAGUAGGGGGGCCACCUGCGGAAUCGACUACUGGUAAAGCGAAAAUAUAAUGCAGAGUUUUAUAGUAGUUAUUGUUACCAGAUGCUAGAGGCUGUAGGCCGUAGCUGGGAAUAUCAUUG